AUGGAAGCCGCGGUCGCAAGGCGGCUCACCGCCGCCCUCGAGGAGGGCAACCUCCUUCCGGAUCUUCAAAUGGGUAACAGGGCAAACCGGUCAACCGAUGCAGCACUGAGCACGCUAGUGGAGAUUAUUCGCACGACCUGGCACCACGGCGGGAUCGCCUCGCUCCUUCAACUAGACAUAUCAGCAGCAUUCGACACAAUCCACUUCGAGGGACAGCUUACAGAGAAAUUGCCGAUUACCGCCGGGGUACCACAAGGGUCCCCCCUCUCCCCUAUCCUCUUCCUCGUCUAUAUCACGCCGCUCUACGAGAGGCUGCAAGAGGUAGCCUCAACUAUCACACUAGGCUUCGCCGACGAUACAAAUAUUAUAGCCUACGGGAGAGACACAGGGGAGACGAGGGCGCUACUCGAGAAAGCGUGGCUUAUCUGCGACAGCUGGUCUAAGCAAGCCGGACUCAACUUCAACCCCGGCAAAAGCGAGCUUAUCCAUUUCACCCGCGCACACAAGGCGGACGAGACCGUGGGCUGCCAAUACCGGGAAGCACGCCUGGUCUACACGCAGGUUAUCCGGACCUCUAUCGCCUUCGGCGCGGGGGUAUGGCAUACCCCCACCGCCCCCGGAGGGGUGGCGAAAGGCAUCGCAAAAUCCCUAGCCACGGAACAGUCAGCCUGCCUCCGCACAGUUACCGGGGCCUUCAAGGCCACACCGCUAGACACCCUCGAGACCGAGGCGGCCACGCCCCCGAUUGACCUCUACCUCAACUAUAUCCACCAGCGAUUCCUUAAAAGAAUGGAUAAGACGGGCAUGACCGACAAGAUUAACCGCGCAUCAGCAGCGGUAGCGGCAAUGCUCCAACGCCAACGAAGGAAGGGUUACCAAGGACCCCCAGCCUAUAUACCGUUCCCCGAUCCCGACCCCAGCCAGCUCCCGGCCGAAGAGCGACUAGCAAAAGAUUGGCACGACCGAUGGCAGAGCAACCGGGCAGCAGCAAGGGCGAGACGCCCCCGGCAUGGGACCCCAGCGGCCGAGAGGGCACCAGACUUCCAAUCCAUAGCGAAAAUGACCCGACUGCACGAAGGUCUACAGAAGCAUGAAUCGGCGAUACUUACCCAACUUCGCACGGAAAAAAUCGGCCUCAACUCCUUCCUCUGCCUCCAACGAGUUCCCUCAGUGCCAUCACCUCUCUGCCGCUGCAGGGAAGGCCCGGAAGACCUCUACCAUAUUAUCCUCUCCUAUCCGAAAUACUCAGCAUCGACCGACUCGACCAAUUCCGGCUCGCCCAAUCCCUCCAACAUAGCAUAG